AUGAAGUGGAUUGCAAUAGCAAUUUACAGCUUUUGUGCCUUAAUUUCGAAGAAAAUAAUGACGGAAUCUUUGCCUUCUGUGUACGAUGAAAGCGAAGAGCCGUAUAUAGACAAGGAAGCACAAUUUUAUAUAUCUAGUUCACAAGAUAAUGAACUAAAGCGAUCAUUUCGUCAACUAAAUUUCAAUGAUUCGGUUACGAUACGCUUAAAGCAUUAUUCCUAUUUUUAUUACUUCUUUGACAGACGCUCAGCCUGGAUUACAAUAUCUUUUCUGGAUGUAACUGGAGCUUACGUAGCUGCUUUUAUGAUUGUCCCUGGCGAUGCCGAAUUUUCAUUAUUUUGCCGUCAUGGUAAAUAUAAUACUGUUUCAUUUGAACAAAACAAAUAUAAGAAGUAUUAUGAAUUUCUAUUAUUAUUCUCAAGUGUUGGCAUUAUGCUGUUCCAUGAUUACAGUUUUAAAGUAAAGACGGAAGAGUGUAUUAAUCAAGUUACCGAUAUUACCGGUUUUAAACACUCUAUAGUUAAAACAUAUUAUGUUGAAGCAGUAUUGGAAAUGCCACCGGAAACUGCGAGAAUCCCGGGUAACUGGCGUAUUGUGCGGCCAAUUCAAAUAGGUUACAAAAUCAUUGUCAGAUAUUAUCCCGCUGUAAAAAGUAUAAUAAAUAUUCGAUUAACGGAUAAGAACGAAAUAGCAGCACUUAAUGUAAUCAUAGAUUAUACGACAGGUAUACUUUACACAAGACGCGUGUGGUUAGACGAUGAAAACAAACAAUGCGUUAAUUUUGGAAGUACCCAACAAUUUACCACGCAAAUGUUGGGUAAAGUUGAAAUUGGCGUCUUCUCACAUCAAUAUAAGGUUGCCAUGGGAAUGAACGAAAUACGAUCAAAUAACAUGAAAGAAUGUAUGGUUUAUGGUCAUCACUUAUCUCCGUACGAUAUUCAACAAACUGUUUUUGAUUCAACUGAUAAAACAACAGUAUUUUAUGCAUAUUACAUUGAACCAGUGUGA